CCCGGCAACACCCGGGGCCCACAUGGCAUCGACAGUGGUGGCACCGAGCACGAGCAGUUCGGUUUGUUUCCCGGUGCCGCCGGCGUCACCUCUUCUUCCCGCACCUUCGCAUCGCCGCAUGCCACGCUGCACAGCGCGCCCCACGCAGCGCCGCGACCGCGAGCUCACGCCGUGGCCAUGGCUCCGCCUCUCUCGGCCCUCGUUUCCCGAACCCUAACCUUAAACCCGCACCUCUCGCGGCCGCGGAGCCGUGGUGGCGUGGCCCCUCUGAUCCCGGCACCGGCGGCGGCGAGCGCCUUCCGUCUCCGCGCCACCGCCAUUACUGACUCCUCGCCGCCGCUACCGCCGCCUCCGCCUUACCCUCUCGCCGAGGUCUUCCCCUACAUCGCUGCCGAGUGGGAGACCAUCGCGAAGGGCUGGGCGUGCGCCGCCGCUGCCGUGUACUGCCUCUCCCGCGCGGUGCCCGCCGCGGGGCGCCUGCCGCGGGUGCUCGCCGCCGCCGGAGGGGGCGUGGGCGCUGGCGCGGUGGUUGACGUGGCGGCCAGGGGCGGGCUCGCCCUCGCGGCGUUCGCGUCCGCGCGCGCCGCCGCGGCGUACGCGCAGCAGGCGUUGCUCUGGGAGGCGGCGCUGCGGGCGGCGGGGCGGCUGCGGGAGCGCGCCUUCGAGCUGCUCCUGGAGCGCGACCUCGCGUUCUUCGAGGGCAGAGAAGGGGUGGCCGCGGGCGACGUCGCGCACCGGAUCGCCGACGAGGCGGAUGACGUCGCGGAUGCUGUGUUCUCUGUGCUCAAUACAAUUGUGCCAACAAGCUUGCAGUUGAUAACAAUGGGUAUUCAGAUGGUGACAAUCGAUCCCAUGCUCUCAUUCCUUGCAGCAACGGUAAUUCCAUGCAUGUGUGUCGUCAUAGCAAGUCUUGGUAAAAGACUUCGUCAAAUGUCCAAGGAAGCGCAUCUUAGCCUUGCCAUGCUCACAGCCUAUCUCAACGAUGUAGUUCCGUCGAUGCUCACCGUGAAGGCAAACAAUGGGGAACUCAAGGAGAUGUUGAGAUUCCAAAAGUUAGCUCGUGACGAUCUAAAAAAUAAUUUGGAUAAGAAGAAAAUGAAGACUCUCAUACCUCAGGCUGUUCGCGCAACAUACAUCGGAGGCCUGCUUCUGCUCUGUGCUGGGUCAAUAGUUGUUUCAGGCACGUCCUUUCAUGCUGAAGGCUUUCUGUCUUUCCUGACAGCGCUUGCUCUUGUUGUGGAGCCUAUUCAGGAUUUGGGGAAGGCAUACAAUGAAUAUAAGCAAGGAGAACCAGCAUUGGAACGGAUAUUUGAUCUUAUGAGGUUCAACCCUGAGGUGAAUGAUAAGCCCAGUGCAACUCAUUUACAACGUGUUAAUGGGGACAUUAAGUUCCAUGAUGUCACAUUUAGAUAUGUUGAUGGCAUGCCUCCAGUAGUAGAUGGUGUGAAUCUUCAUAUCAGACCCGGAGAAAGUAUUGCUUUUGUUGGACCUUCUGGUGGAGGAAAAACUACUCUUGCCAAAUUACUCCUCCGUCUUUAUCAUCCACAAAGUGGAUAUAUGCUUCUGGACAAUCAUGAUGUUCAGGAUAUUCAAUUGCAAUGCUUGAGAACACACAUUGCUUUUGUUUCACAGGAUGCUAUGCUAUUUUCUGGGACAAUUGCUGAAAAUAUUGCUUAUAGAGACCCUCUGGGAGAUAUUAAUAUGGCUAGGGUUGAGUAUGCUGCUAAGAUUGCGAAUGCUGACGAGUUUAUUAAGAUGUUGCCAGAAGGAUAUAGUUCAAAUGUUGGACAAAGAGGUUCUAGUUUGAGCGGUGGGCAGAAGCAAAGGUUAUCUAUUGCCAGGGCAGUCUAUCAGAACUCUUCCAUACUGAUAAUGGAUGAAGCAACUUCUGCUUUGGAUAUCAGGUCUGAGCUGCUGCUGAAAGAAGCACUGAGUAAUCUAAUGACAAACCACACAGUAACUGUUCUCAUCAUUGCUCAUCGACAGGAAAUGGUGCUAAUGGCCGACAGAAUUGUUUCGCUAGAAGGUGGUAAAUUGCGGGAGAUCACAAAGUCGGCUUUCUUAUCUCAAAACGGGCACUCUGGCGUACUGAAAAUCACCAGUCCUAAUUAGGGUGAGGUUUGAUAUGGUAAUGGUAGGUUCUCUCCAGAAGAUAUGUGCAUAUCUUUCACCGUCGAAGAGAACAGCCUACGAUCGUAUUCUUCUCUGACCCCUGCUUUUAUGACUUCGAGCCAUGGUUAAGACCAACAAAUCUGUCAAUAUUAUCAGAGAGCUAGUCUGCUGGACGCAAGAUUCACCUGGUGCAAGAUCCUAACAGAAUGUAUUCAAGCUAUAUUCAAUUUAGAUUAUUUUUUAGCUUACUC